AUGUCACGAAAACCGACCAAUACGAUAAUAAUCACAAAAGUCGAUCCACAGUUGUUGCUCGAGCCCCAGCCUGUGAUCCAAUGUCUUGCAAAUAACAACUUUGUUGUUGAACUCAUCUCCUUACCCAAAUUUCAGCGGAUAUUAAUAAUAUGUGAGAACACGCGAGUUUCCUCCAAAAUAGUAUCUAUAUUGAGCGACCACUUCCAGUUCAAAGUCACAUACAGCAUAAAGGAUGUCGCUCUCGCCGUAACUGCCGGACCGGAAUAUGCAAACAAUGACAAGGAUUAUUUGGAGCUUCCUCUGGAAUCCGGUUCAAGACGAUUUCUUAUUUCUCCCCCAUUAUCACCUCCAGCGGAAUGGGAUCACUGGGACAAGGUGGAAGAGGGUCCGAAUCAACAGGCGGUAUACGCUCCACACGAACUCUCGCAUCUCUUAUGGGAACGCUUGGGAAAUGCAGAUAGUAGCCAAGUCCGGAAAUUUCAUGGUGGAGCCGCACCAAUCAACCUCGAUCUCGAACCCAUGUUACUUUUCGAAAAUAUAGACAAUGGGGUCCCAGCAAUAAUCCUAGACUCUGCAGAGAAGGGCGAGGAACCACAGACUCAGGGACGAACGAUCGCAAAGACGGCAAUGCCUCCUACUGAUCCAUAG